AAUAAAUUGUUGAGUGCCAUUGCUAAGAUGAACAAGUUUGAUCUUGUCAUCUCUCUCGGCAAAAAGCAAUAAAUGAGGGUUUUCGAACUCAUUGGUUCGAACGAACAAUUCGCUGAAAUGUUUAACCGGACAAUGUCGGAAGCUUCCACAUUGAUUAUGAAGAAGGUUUUAGAAGUUUACAAAGGAUUCGAAGAUGUAAAUACUUUGGUGGAUGUGGGAGGAGGAAUUGGAACAAUCAUAGGUCAAGUGACUUCCAAGUAUCCUCAUAUUAAAGGCAUCAAUUUCGAUCUAGCAUCGGUUUUAGCCCAUGCUCCUUUUAAUAAAGGAGUGGAGCAUGUUUCAGGAGAUAUGUUUAAAGAAAUUCCAAAAGGAGAUGCCAUCUUCAUGAAAUGGAUACUACAUGAUUGGACUGACGAAGAUUGUGUAAAGAUCCUAAAAAAUUAUUGGAAAAGUCUUCCCGAGAAAGGAAAAGUGAUAAUAGUCGAGGUGGUUACGCCCGAGGAACCAAAGAUUAACGACAUUUCUUCUAACAUUGUGUUCGGUAUGGACAUGCUGAUGUUAGCAGUAAGCUCAGGUGGUAAGGAGAGGUCUCUUUCCCAAUUCGAGACUCUAGCCUCUGAUUCGGGUUUUCUUCGUUGUGAAAUCAUUUGUCAUGCCUUCUCAUAUAGUGUUAUCGAAUUACACAAAUAGGCUCGACAUUUUACCAACAAAAAUUACGAUUCAUCUCUCGUACAGUCGUACUUGCGGAGACUAUAUAGAGUGGUUGUAAUGUGUAAAAUAAUCUGUGUAUUGUUUUUUUUAUUUAUGUGAUUUAAACAAAUAGCAUGGUAUUAUAU